AUGAAGAAAUUGGAAGACCAGGCUGAGGCUACCAUCAAAGCUCAAACUGAUGCUGAAGAAAAGACAGAAUCUGUUGAGGCCAUCAAGAAGGUUCUUGAGGCCAAGAAGAAAGUGGCCGAGGAAGAGACGGCCCAGGCCCAAAAAGAACUACAAGAAGCUUUGGCCAUGAAGGACGCCGAGCUCAAGGCAGCCGAUGAGAAGGGCUACAAUAAGGGGGUGGCUGAUGUCACGGCGGAUUACGAGAAGCAAGUGAAGCAGGGUGAGGAGGUUCCCAAAGAUGCUACAGCUGAGAAGACAUCAGCCGACGUUCUUUUUUCCGACAAGAGUCUUGAUGAAACUCUUCAAGAAAUUGAUGCCGAGCUCGCCGCAGAAAAGGCUGCCGAGGUGUCUUCUCAGCAGUCGUCCGAACUUCAGACCCAACCAUCUGUUGUCGUCGAAGAGUCUUGA